GACGUAACUGAGCGGAGGAGGAACGAGGAAGGAGACCCAGAUUCAGGCGCCGAGGACAAAGCGUUUGAUGCCCCGACGCUUGACUUUUCAGGCUAUGUUCCAUUCAAAGCUAAUUCAACCGUUUUAAAGACAUGAAGCAGCUCCCUCCGGACACUGUGCGGCUGCUGUCCAGCUCCCAGGUCAUCACGUCUGUGCUGAAUGUGGUGAAGGAACUGAUGGAGAAUUCCCUGGAUGCUGGAGCUUCAAGCAUUGACGUUAAACUGGAGAACUACGGCUUGGACAGGAUUGAAGUGCGUGACAACGGCGUCGGGAUCAAAGCUGCAGACGCCGCUGUGAUGGCCGUGCGACACUUCACGUCCAAGAUCUGUAGCCACGAAGACCUGGAGAGCCUGGAGACGUACGGCUUCAGGGGGGAGGCGCUGGGCUCCAUCUGCGCCGUGGCUGAGGUGGCUGUCACCACUAAGACAGAGCAGGAGGAUGUCAGCACUCAGUACACCCUCGACCUGACGGGAAACAUCGUUUCUCAGAAACCCUCUCACUUAGGACAAGGUACGACUGUGAGCGUGGCGAAGCUCUUCAAGAACCUGCCGGUGCGGCGGCAGUACUACUCCUCGGUGAAGAAGCGCAAGGAGGAACUGAGGAAGGUGCAGGAGCUGCUGGUGGCCUACGCCAUCGUGAAGCCGCACCUCAGACUCCUGCUGCUUCACAACAAGGUGGUGGUUUGGCAGAAGGCCAAGGUGGCCGACGACAGGAGCGCCCUCCUCGCCGCUCUGGGACCCGCCGCCGUUGCCAACUUGCUCCCAUGCCACCAUCGCCACGAGGAGCCCGAGAUCUUUUUGGAAGGCUUUUUUCCAAAACCUGGAUCCGAUUACUCCUCUACAAGCUCAUCUGGUCCUGAAAAAACCUUCAUAUUCAUCAACAACCGGCCUGUCCAGCACAAGGAAAUCAUGAAGCUGUUGCGUCAGCACUACACAGCUCAGUAUGCAGAUGACACCGCCAGGAAUCGCUAUCCCACCCUGGUGCUGAAGGUCACCGUUUCACCGUCAUCAGUGGACGUGAAUCUGACGCCGGACAAAACUCAGGUCCUCCUGCAAAACAAGGAGGUUGUGCUGACUGCAUUAGAAGCUCUACUCAUUUCCCUCUAUGGGUUUCGGCCUAGUCCGGACCCCUCGGUGAAGAAUCAGGAGGCAGCCGCCGCCCCGUCAGAGCAGACUGAUGGUCCUCAUGUGAACGGAGAGGAGAGUGUGAAGAGUGAUAACAAUGACUCAAGACUCAGUGACACAGUCUGCCAGAUCUCCAACACCAGUUCUUCUUCCUCUGUGGCCGACGACUGGAUCGUCAACCAGAUCCCGUUUGAACCGGAGCCGAGCUUUUCCCUCUGCGACGAGGAAGCUUCCCAGCGUUGCAAUCAGGCAACGGAGAGAAGUUCGACGAGCGAAUCCCCGGAGAAAGCGGCCGACGAUAAGCCGCCAGCUCCAGACGCCCGUAAAGAAAUAUCAGCGGAGGAGUGGAGUCAAGGGACGGCUCUGACCGACCCCGUGUCCCGAGAACCCCUGCGGCCCGUCGUAAUUCAUCAACCCUCCAAGAUCGCCGGCUCCGACUCGGACGCGGCCCCCAGCAAAAAGCCGCUCAGCGCCAUCACGGAGAAGCCCGCCGCCCUGACCGCCUACGACCUGAUCAGCAGCCGGGCGGCCCGGGCACCCCUGUCCCCCGCCGCCCUGUUCCAGAAGGAGACCAGAGCCCAGGUCCUCCGGGACAAACCCUCAGCCAGCCUUCAGGACAUCAGCGUGGCCGUGCAGGAGAGGUGGAAAAAUCUGAGGGAGGAAGAACGUAAAAAGUACGAACAAAAGGCCCAAAAGCACCUGGAGCACUACGACCAGAAGGCCAGGCUGGCCUCGGCCGGAGAACCCGGCGGGAGUCCGGCGAGGAGCCACGUCCAGGGCCAGAAGCGCAAGGCGCCGCCGUCCAACCAGCAGCUGCUGGACCAGCUCUUCUCCACGCAGCCCCAGAGGAAGAAGAAGAGCCCGGCGCCCAAGCCGUGGCGGCCCCUCCCCUGCAGCGUGGCCGCCCUGCGCCUGCAGCUCCAGCGCCUCUCGUCCCGGCAGAGCGGGGCAGCGCCGCGGGGCCUCCGCCUUGUAAACCGGCUGGCCUCUCAGAGCGCCUGGGUCAUUUUAUGUGGUCAGAGGCUCAUGUUGUUAAACCCAUUUCGAGUGGAGGAGGCCUUGCUGUUUAAGAGACUUCUGGAGAAUAAUAUACUUCCAGCAGUGAGUCUGCAGAGACCUAUACAGCUAACAGAUGGAAAUCUCGGCGGAGCGGAGUUCACCAGGACUCUGUGCGACAUGCAGAAGCAAAGCCCGGAGCUGAACGGGGACGUUGUGUUUUCAGACCCCCGGCUGGUGGCCAACGGGUUUAAAAUCAAACUCUCUCCAGCCGAGAGACAUCUGGAAGUGACGGCUAUGGCAGACUGCGUGCCUUUCCUCGGCACGGAGGACCUGAGGGAGAUCCUGACCGCGGUUCUUCACAGGAAGGCCAAGACUGUGCGCGAGUGUCGGCCUCUGAAAAUCACAAACUACCUCCAAGGUGAAGCCGUCCGACUCGCCCGCCAGCUGCCCUCCGGUCUCUCCAGAGACGACGUGGAGGAGACCGUCCAGAGGAUGGAGCAGCAGCUCGGUGAGAGCAGCCGGACCUGCAUCCACGGACGGCCAUUUCUCCAUCACCUGCUGGACGUGCCCUCCACAGACCGCCAGGCUCAGGCUCUGGUCAAGCCUUUAGAGCUGUGACUGGACGCUACGAGCCACUGCCAGCCCAUACAAACCAGCACAUGUUCCCCUGACAUCAACUUUGCUACGGCCCGACAUGAAAUAAAGCUUUAAUGGAUUUCUGAGCACACUUCCAGUUCUUUGUAUGCCUCUUUAAGAAUUCGUUGACACCGUGUCGAUUCAUGGCAUCAGAUCACCAAUUCUGACUCACUUCUGAGUUAAACUUCACUUCUACCGCACCUUCAGGAGUUGUGAUGCCUUCAGGAUUAAAAAAAUACUGUUUGGCAGAGUGAUUACAGGCAAACUGUCAAGAAAUAUAAAUUGUGCCUUUUUUCUGGCCUAUUGAUUAUACAGUGGACUAAAAUGUCAAACCAAAAAUGAUAAUUCUCAUUGACCUGGCAGCACUGACUCAAUAACAGUGUUUAUCUCUAACAU